AGUUUGCUUACAAACAUUCUUUAAAAUAUCUUGCUUUGUGUUCAUCAGAACAAAUACAUGUAUACAGUUUUGUAACAACAUGAGAGUGAGAAAAUAAUGACAGAAUUUUAAUUUUGGGGUGUAUUAUUAAGGUUCUUUAUGGAACUUUACAGCCUAAAUAACCUUUCAACAAUCUUUAUUUAUAAGAAUCCAAAUAACAUGACUAGUAAAUUAUACACUUUUGGGGCAGUUUCAUAACCUGUGUGAAAUGAACUGUGUCCGUUUCAAAUGGAUCAGAUGCGCGUUCACGCGCUUAAUCUUUUAUGGCACAUUAACGACUGAGAGGUGACGCGAUGUCCUCAACCGUGUCCUUCAAACCAAAGUAGAAAACUAUAAAAAAGGAUCAAAUCCAGGACAAUAUGCAGGAUUUAAAAGGCACCAGAUCAGUAAGCUGAAGAAUGGAGACGUAUCUAAAGAGAAGUUCAUCAUAAUUUGUGGUUUUGUAACAGGGUGGGAAAAGAUCAAUGUCCACUCGUGAAAGUUCCUGACUGACACUGACUAAGCAGAUUGUUUUUGUCUAUCUUCGAUUUACAUCUGCACUUCUUCGUCUUCAGUUAACGAGCAACAGUAGGGCUAAUACCAGUGGUGAAUUCACGGAUCGGUUAUGAACAUUCACGGUAUUUAUCGAGACAACGCUACAGUCAACCAAUAUAACGGAAUAGCCUAAGUUAACACGAUCUCAUGACAAGUAAGUGAUGGGUAAAAAGUCAAAAUAGUGUUCCACCCCCACCUGCCCUGGUGUGGUUAGACUGCCAGUAUGGACCCCUGGCAAACUCUGGUUUCAAGAUGUUCUUCAUGGUGGCAGAUGCAUACUCCGCACGCACUGAGAGCUUGUCUUUAUGAAGUAUAUAAACCCCUGGUGCCACUCCUGCUUUGCAUCGCUGCCCUGGUGGCUGUGAUUGUGUACGCUCUUGCCGAUAAUCUACACAGCUUUGUAUGCAGGCUUUUCCUUCCCCAGUAUCAUUACCCUUAUGCAGUGCCACUUGCAUUCAUACAGGUAUGUCUAAAUCUCCUGGCAUUGCUAGCCUUGCAUGGUGUGGGUCUGAUCCGCCUCAAGCCUUUCUCCCUGAGGCUGUCCGAGCGUUUGUUUGUACCUGCCAUCUGUGGGGGUGUCCAGUGUGCUUUGGACAUUUGGGCUGAAGCAAGUGCCCACUCUGGUCUGUACCCGCUCACCGCCCGAUUCCUCCCACUGGUCAGCGUGAGCUUAGGUCAUCUGUUUGCACUAAAUCUACCUGGCUCAAUCCACGUCUCCUGCCUUCUGACAGCUGUCACGGUCGCCUCUGUCAGUGUCACAGCAUGUCAAGGACUGCAUACAAUGGAGCCGCUGGAAUACGUCUACUCUCCCCUCAGCCUGAUCCUCCACAGCCUGUCUCUUGUGUGGCUAGCUAAAGUCUCCCAAACGGAGCGAGGUGAUGCCUCAACCUUUGACCUUUAUUACAAUCUAACAGUUACACGCAUCCUUUUAUUAGGGUUCCUAUGCUUUAUACACCCUGAUAGCCCAAAAGCACUGAUUGGCGGCAGCUGGCACAGUCUCCUGUUUUAUGGAUACAUGCUUGGAAUGUUGCUGCUGGGUGCUGUGCAACUUCUCUUUGUGAAUAUGACAGCUCUGUAUUUUUCUGCUUUGCCGGCAGCUGUGCUGCAUGCAACCAGAGGACUAGUUUUGCCCCUCUUCAGUGUAUUUUAGGAAAUGAUGACCAAUCAGUGUACAACAUUACAAACCCAAGUGGUUGGCAACAUUGAAGGGUGACCAUCCAAAGGACUGCUAUUAUCAUUGAUACAACAACAGUAUUAAGACUGAACUCAAAGAUUUUGGCAGAACUAAUAUGUGACUUCUUUGUUGGCUUGCACUGAAAUCUAUAAAACUUUAUUUGCAUUGUGGUGUUAUUUUCAUUACAGUUGGGCUUAAUUUUUAAAUUAUGCAAAAAUAUUUAUACAUUAUUGUAGCAUGUGUCUUAUAUUAUAUGGUGCUCAUAAUAAAAGAAACUAAUAAAAGAAGUAAAAUUUACUUUAAUAAUGAGAAUCCUUGAUGACAAGUGAAACAUCUGAAAACAUAUUAUUUGGGGAGGGGUCAGGUGGUUAAUUGUCUUGUUUAGUGUAUAUAUAUAUGAAAGAAAUGCCACAAUGCAAGAAAAUCUUAAUUUUCUUUAAAAUAAGUCUAAGUUGUAUUUAUUUAUUUGGGUGAAAUAUGACCCUGGCCUGUUCUCUACCAUGCUUUGUGAAAUUCACCCGAGUACGUCAUUGUAUGGUGAGACAUUCAUCUUACACUAUUUAAAAAAAUUACUUCUUUGCAAGGUUAAGAAUAUUACGAGUACUAAGUUACACCUGUAAGUAACUUAUAGAAAACCUGUGAGUCAUUAUUCAAUAAGCUCCUUACAUGCAAUAGCAAAUUACAGUAUUAUUGUUUUGGAGCAAAUAAAAUAUACUGAUGAGGUUUUCUAAGUAUUAAAUCACAUUUUCCAGUGUCUUUUCUAUGUCCUUAUGUUUGUUAUUAUGUAAAGUGUAAUUUUAUUUUUUAGUAGAUGAAAUUUUCUUUCUACAUAUAUGUAGUUGCCAGAUGCUGUCAUCCAAUAAACAGUGCGUUUAAGCUAUUCAUUUUAAAAGCACAUGCAGUUCAACACGUUACAUUGCCGUUGAUAACAACAAGAGGUUAAUAAAGUUUAGCAGCAGCAGA